AUGUCAUCGCCGACUAAGCAGAAGCACACGCCGACUAAGCAAGAUCACCACACACAAACCCAAUUCACAAAAACAGAGCAGCUUGUCUCUUUCAUCUACAACUUCAGACCCCCUCCCAACUCCUACCUGUUUUCCUAUCUGAGAUACCUCCCCCUCGUCCUCGCGCUCGAGGAGCAGACUGAUACGGACUCUGACGCAUCCUCGUCUGAAUCUUCAUCGCUGUCACAGUCUCGCUCUUCCUCGCCAGAACCGACGCCCUCUCCCUCGCCCUCCAGCUCGAGAGCGUCAACACCGUCCAUCACAACAAGCUCGUCUGACACGUCCAGUCAGGCGACAAUUGCACUGCCUAGGUCUAGUCCAUCCCGCGAAGCAACACCAGAGUCCGUCACCAUGCCCAAGGUCAAGGGAACGACUAACACUGCCGCUCCUCGCAGCAUGGCUAGCAUCCCAGACGCGUCGAAGGCGCCCCCUCCGACGCAGACGUGCCCCAAGUGCAAGCGCUCUUGGACUAAGGAUCAGUUCUUCGACAAGUGCGGCAAGCCGACGAAGCUGUGUCAUACUUGUCGCGAGGUGUCGAGGGUCUCGCAUCAGCGCCGUCGUGCGAGGGAGGCUCAGGCACUGGCUGCGCGCGAAGCUCGUCGAGAACUUGAUUCUUCUGAGGAAAAGGCCCCGGUGGACGAGAAGAAGGCCCGUACCGAACAGAAGCCCGCUCGUAAACGCCCUGCCACCGUCGAACGUUCUGCCGGAAUCGCACGCCCCGGCGCAGCUGCACGCUCUGGAGCCAUUGAACGUCCUGCCGCAAGCGAACGUCUUCCACGCCCUGCACCACCUACCCCUAUGGCGGCCCGUCCUGCACCGUUUUUUGAAUCGCCCAGCGAGGAUGAUUCUCCCGAUCGCAUCCUCCAGCAAGCACUGUUGCAUGAUGCCAAUCAGAGCAUGGAGGCCCAGCCGGAGCCGAUGACACCCAGCAUGACCUUCCGUGAGCCUGCCCACAACUAUCGCGGUAUCCCAUCCCCGAGCCCGGCUACGAUGAAUCAGAACACCUCUCCCCUUUCAGUCCCCUUCGCUGAUGUUGAGGACGCUCAUCAGCGCCUCCUUGCCCAGUUUUCCAGACCGAGAAGCGAGCACACUACUUCCGGUAUGCGGGAGCCCACCCCGCAGCUGCCUUUGCUGAACAAGGAGAUACAGACUUUGGCGGUCACAGCGAAGAGAGCGCUGAGGACUUCCACCGCAGAGAGCAGUGGUUCUACCCAGAUCCCUGAUCAGACGUUCGAAAACGGCGAGAACGGCGUCGUCGAAGAAGAUCGCUCCAAAGCUCGCGUCUCUAUCGUGUGCAGGUUCUUUUUUCGUCGCUUCGGCUGA